GCGUUUGGGCAUUUUCAAUAGAAGAAUCCCUAAAUAGAAACCAUGUCUCUUGUUGGAAAGUUUGUGAGUGAAUUAGAAAUAAAUGCACCUGCCGAGAAAUAUUACGAAAUCUUCAAAGAUAAAGUUGCCCAUAUUCCCAAUAUUUCCCCAACCAUCUUCCAAAAUGUUGAAGUUCAUGAAGGUGAUUGGGACACCCAUGGCCAUGGCUCCAUCAAAGUUUGGAAUUACACCCUAGAUGGGAAAGCUGAAGUAUUCAAGGAACAGGUGGAAUUUGAUGACGAGAAUUUUGCAGUAACUUUGAUUGGAUUGGAAGGAGAUGUGUUCGAGCAUUACAAAUCUUUUCAGGGAACAUAUAAAGUUGUACCAAAAGGUCCGGAGCAUAGCUUGGCAGUUUUGACUUUGCAAUUUGAAAAACUUAAGGAUGAUUCUCCUUACCCAUAUAAAUACCUUGAUCUCAUGCAUACCAUCACCAAGGACAUCGAAGCUCACCUUAAAUAAAUGUUGUCUUUUUAAUGUUGUGAUUGGAUCUUUCAUAUCUAUAUUUCUCUCCCUCAUGUCUUGGAGUGUGGGUGUGAUUUCAUACAUAUGUUUUGGAGUUGUAUUUUUCUUUUGGAGUGCACUGUCAAGCUUGAUUUGAUUUGGGUGUAACUUUUAUAACUUACUAUUGUGAGUUCUAUUGCUAAUAAAAUAAAAUCAUGGCUAUAUUUUAUAAAAA